GUUACACAUCUGCAGGCAGCCUGCCUGCCUGCAGGUUGUCAUGGUAACGUACAAGAGUAAGAGAGUCAGUGACUUCAAACUUCUCCCUUACUCUCGUUGCUCCUGCCUGCGCAGGCAGGCAGCCUGCAGAGGUGUAACCGCAGCCUAACUUUCUGCUCAAAGCAUACAACGCAGCAAUAAAACGUGCAUAAAUUUGUAAACAAUUAUUAAAAAAGACAAUAAUUAUACUGCAUAUGUAUAAGAAAGAAAAUGAAAUCAAUGACGAUCAAAAUUCAAGAACUCAAAAUAGAAAUUUCUGAUUUCAAUAAACAAGUAAAGGAAACUUCAAAACAAAUGGAAAAAUUAAAUUUCGAAAUAAAUCAUGCAAAAUCAAUGACAGCUAAAGUAAAUUGUAUUAUAAAUGAUUUGACGCACAGAUUUGAAAAUUUGAGUUUAGAAUUCAAAAUUGUUCACGAAUGUUAUCAAAGAUUGCCCGAACGAUCGAUGCAAGAACAUAUUCAACGUCAAAUAUCAAAACGGAAAGAAAUACUUUUACAAGAAAAGCAAAAGCUUAUGUCACAGUUGGGUAGAAUAAAAUUAAAUCGCAGUUGGAAAGGGGAAAGAUUACAAGAAUUAAACUCAUAUGCAAUGUUUCAACAAGUUUGUAUAAACAAACAGAAAAAAACUCUUAUUUUAAAUUUGCAAGAAAAUAUUAAACAAUCAGAAGUAUCGAGGAAGAAAGCAAUGACAAAUUUGAGAGAAUUAAAAGAAAAGUAUUAAGUUUUGAGAAAAAUUGGAUCUUUAAAGAUUUGAAUAUCCCGGCGUUUUAAACCUAACCUCAAAUUACAGUUAAACUUGAUAAUUAUUUGAAAUUCUUCUAAUAAACACAUGUAAACUAAUUUUUUUUCUAAGUUUAUUAAAUUAAAUAGAAUUAAAAUUAUUUGUAAAAUAGAGUAUAAAAAAAAGUGUUAAAAAAAGACAAAUUGAAUUUUUUGUGACUUUUGACAGUCUUAUGCUUAUGCGCGGGGGAGGCGCGCAAGGCAAGAAAAAAAAUUGGGUCGAUGUGAAAAAGAUGGCGACCGCUGUGUGGUGUUUGAGAUAUUAAAAGGCUUUUUUCCGGACAAACGCUGCCAAGAAUUCGAUGAGAAACGUUCGAGUUGUUGACGCAAAAUGUAAUU